AUGAUAACGACGCCGAUAAGUGGACCGAUUUGGGUAUGUUGCAUAAUUCCCAUAGGAGGGGGGGCGAUGUGUUUGGGUGGGCGGUCGCCGUGGAUGAUGCUUGUAGCACCAUUGUUGCUAGCGCAAAGGGGAGACGCGCAAACAAUGGCGAGGUUUACUCGUAUAGUUGCAAGGAAAGAUGUCGCAAGUGUAGCCUGGUGCAGAGGAUAG